AUCUGUGAUCUGUUUUAUGUAGUUUUAUAUAACAAAUGUAAACAAUUAUUCAGUUCACAUGUGACAAAUACGUAAUGAUAAGAUAGUGUCCGAAGUAGUGUAGCGAUUGCUUCAUAAAGCAGUUGUUUCGGUCCCAUGUGACUCAGUGUUGUUGGUGACUUCAGCCAUGAGUGUCAAGAAAUUGGGUGAAUUAGAGAAAAUUAACAACAAUGGAGAAGAGAGUGAAAUGUUUUAUUGUGACAAGGAAGAAGAGUCGAGUGCCAAUCCUAGAGCGCCGUUUCGGAGACAGUUACUGAUGUCAUUCGGCACCUUCCUGUUGACCACAGGAGCUGGUACAACAGCAGGAUUCUCAGCCAUACUCAUACCACAACUACAGGAAGAGAAUGGUCAACAGAAGAUUUCUACAGAAAUGGUAUCGUGGGUAGCUGCCAUGGCAUCGUUCGCAUUGGUAUUCGGUAACCUGAUAUCCGGAUAUUUGAUGGAAAAACUAGGAAGACGAACAUCACAAGUUGUGAUGUCUGUAUUUUUUACCAGUGGAUGGGCAGUCAUAGGAUUCGCACAGAAUAUUUACUUUAUACUAUUAGGGAGAUUUAUCACCGGUCUCUGUCAAGGCUGGCUCGGUCCUCUAGGGCCAGUAUUCGUUGGAGAAAUAAGUACUCCAAAGUACAGAGGAUUCUUCUUAGCAUCUCUGUCGUUGGCCAUUGCGUUUGGUGUACUUAUGUCGCAUCUUUUCGGUACCAUUCUUCAUUGGAGCUAUGCUUCUUUACUAUGCGGACUCUUCCCAUUUACGGGAGGUAUUAUUUUGUACUUUGCACCGGAGUCUCCAGCAUGGUUAGCAGCUCAGAACAGAAUAGAAGAGUGUAUAAAUUCUUUUAAAUGGUUCAGGGGAAUAACUCCUAAUACAAUAGUAGAAUUAGACAAAAUGGUAGCUGCACAGGCGAAUAAAGACCAAACCAAAAGCAAAAUAACCACACUAAAGGCAAACAUAAAGAAGCCGGAAUUUUACAAACCUCUAGUGAUAAUGACGAUGUUCUUCAUAAUGACGCAGCUUUCAGGUGUGAACGUAAUAAGUGCGUAUACGCCGGAGAUGAUGUCAGAACUGAUUGGUAACAACAGGAACUCUUACACUGCGAUGUUGAGCAUAGAUGUUUUGCGAUGCUUAUCUUUGUUCGGGGCUUGCGUGCUACUUAAAAGUAAAGGUCGACGACCAAUGGCAAUGAUCAGUGGAAUUUUUACGUCUCUGUCCUUAAUAGUUUUAGCUGUUUAUUUGUAUUCAGUCGGCGACAAGAAUCUUUCACCUAUUGUUACUUUAGGCUUAAUGACGAUUUAUAUGAUUGUGUCCAAUUUAGGUGUGGUACCACUGCCUUGGAACAUGGUUGGUGAAUUAUUCGCAACUGAAACAAAAGGUUUGGGGUCUGGUAUAAGCGUAAUGAUGACGUCAAUAUCAUAUUUUGCAACGAUCAAAACAGCGCCUGGAAUGUUUCAGAGUAUUGGACACAAAGGCGCUUAUUUAUUUUACGGUUUGUCGACUUUAAUUGGUACAGUUUACUUGUUUUUCUAUUUACCUGAAACUAAAGGUAAGACGUUGAUGCAAAUUGAAGAAUACUUUAGAUAUGGAAAGAAAGGGAAGACUAAAGACACGACGAAAGAUGUUGAAGCUAACACUCCGUUUGUCUGAUAAUUAAAUCGGUUAUUUCUAGAUAUCACAGUGAUAAGGUAAUGGAUCUCUUUAUCUGUAUUAUUCAUAUUGCGUAAGAUUUUGCGCGGUGACUUUACAAGGAGGUAAUUGAAAUGUGACCCCUUGUUGUCUAUCGUAGGAUUGAUUUUCCAGUUAUCGAUUUACUUAACCUAUUAAACUAAAUAUGUAGCACAGAUAUAUUAACAGUGUCUAGUUCGAUACAUUAACAUGUUUACUAUAAGGUCAUUGAUUACAAGCAAUUGAUAUCGCUUUUGUCAUAAAUAUUAUUACGAAAUGGUUUAUUGUUUAAUUGAAAUAAUUGAUUUUACAUAAGGUGGCGUCACAUUUGUGAGGAUGAAAUAUAUGAUGCAAGAUAUGAAUACUUUAUUGAAACUACAUGGGCGCGAUUCGGCCAGAUGUUUUUAAGUAAAUGUAAUUUCGGUAAGAUUAAUGUGAUAACCAACCUGUUUUUGACACAAAGUCACAAAUCAUCUGUAGAGGUAACUUGAACGUUUCUAUCAUUGACUUACAAUUAUAUGGACGUCGGGUCCGCGCUAAAAAGUGUCCGAACUUAUAGGGCGUUAAAAUCGUAUACAGAGCGUCAU